AUGUCUUACUAUCCACCCCAGGAUUGUUAUCCCGAUAUAUGCCCACGUCCAUGUAUUGACGUCCGCAACGAGCCGUGUAUCUCAUCAUGCGGAGAUUCGACUGCAGUGGUCUACGCACCACCAGUUGUUGUGAGAUUCCCGGGACCAACUAUGGCUACUUGUCCUCAAGACAGCUUCGUAGGAACCGUCUUACCAAGUUUGCCAUUUAGACCUGGUGGCUCAUCUGGUUACGGUGGAGGAGCUGGAGGCUCGAUCGGUUAUGGGGGAGGUUAUGGUGGUGGUUACGGAGGAGGUAACAGUGUUGUUGGUUCUGGUGGUGGAUUCGGAGGCUCAAUCAGUUAUGGGGGAGGUUAUGGAGGUGGAGCCGGGAGUGGUUAUGGGGGUGGUUAUGGAGGUGGAGCCGGGGGUGGUUAUGGGAGUGGAGCUGGAGGUGGUUAUGGGGGUUCUUAUGGGGGCUCAUAUGGUUCUGGGGGUUCACGUGUUUAUAGCAGGAAGUCAUAUAGUAGCAUUUCUGGGGGAGGAUAUUCUGGAUUCAACCGUGGAAACUGUGGGCCAUGCUAAACCCAGAAGAACGAUCCAUGGAAUGAGAAACAAUCAGGAAAUGACAAGAUAGAGAUUCA